AUGCACACAGACCAGUGCGCUGCUGAGAAAACCCCUUCCACCCGCGCUCGUGACACAGAGGAGUCGAGGCAAUACCUCUCGUCUUCCAACCGGCUUGGCGGGGGCAAUCUGGCUGUCUUCCGAAACACCAUUGGUCGCAAGCGAGAUGCAGACGACGACGACGACCUGGCGGAGGCUAGCUACGCCAAGGUGAAGAGAGUAAAAGCUUCCAAGGCGACAACGCAGCUGAAGAAACGCCUUAACGACCUAGAAACCGGGCCCAGCGCCAUAGGGAGCGCUAUUGUGGAGUUGAUGAUCCUCACGCGUGAUGAAAGCGACCGCAGAGGUGAAGCUCGACGUGCCGAGGAAGAGCAGUGCCGACAUGACGACGUCUCAACUCGCGAAGCACGGUACCACUCCGAGAGACUGGAAGCUGAAGAACGCCGCCGCCAGGAGAAGCUGGAGAUGGAAGAGCGAGCACGUCGUGAUAAGGAGGAAGCUCGCGCGCGCUCGCGGGAGCUUAUGUCUUUAUUGGGGCUCUUGUAA